AUGGCAUCCAGUAUUCUCACAGAAAUGACGUUGCCAUCAUUAAAAGUGAAAAUAAAUGGAAGGCUCCGAACAGCAUUAAUUGAUUCUGGAUGCUUCAUUACUGUGGUUCAUGCUGAGUCCGCGCAUGGGCUUGUGUUAAAAAGUCAAAAACUUAUCACAACUUUGGGAGGAACUGUGCAAGUGCUGGGUGAAAUGGUAAUCAAUCUGGAAAUUGAUGGAAUACACCGGAUGGUUAAUUCUCUGGUUGUAAAAGAAAAACCAUUUGGGUUUGAUUUAAUUUUUGGAAUAAAUGCAAUUAAAAAAUUUGGAGGAGUUAUCAUUUAUGGUAAUAAAAACUGUAACGUCCGAAUGUUAGCAUGUGACAAAGCGAAAUGUGGUGCCGUUACUACGACGAGAAAAAACGAAAACGAAAUAAACGAAUUAAAUAUUGAUGUUAUUAAUACGACAAGAAAAAGCGAAAACGAAGUACAAAAAAUAAAACGUGAUGUCAAAAAUACAACAAGAAAUGAAGAGAACGAAAGAAACGAAAUAAAACAUCAGGACUUCACAGCAAAGUUCGACGGAAAAAAAUGGACGGCAUCAUGGAACUGGAAUAAAGAGCCUGUAAUUGAUAAUACCAUUUGUGAAUACAAGAUGAACCAAGAGCGUAGUUACCGUAAAGAAAUACGUGAAUGGAUUGACUCUGGUAUUCUUGUACCAUAUAAAGAACUAAUAUUGGGACCACCAAAAGUAUUGAUACCGCUUAUGUGCGUAGUGCAAGAAAACAAGGACAAAAAGGUACGACCAGUGGGAGAUUUCCGAGCUCUCAACGAAUUUGUAAAUUGUCAUACGGCAAAUGCGGACGUUUGUCAAGAAAAACUGCGUUGCUGGAGAAAAAUAAAAAAUGCAAAAAUUCUCGAUCUUAAAAAAGCCUACCUCCAAAUUCAUAUUGAUAAAAAACUUUGGCCAUAUCAAACGGUGAUUAUAAAUGGGCAACGGUAUUGUUUUACCAGGAUGUGUUUUGGCAUCAAUGUGGCUCCAACAAUAAUGACCACAAUUCUUCGGCAUGUGCUCAAUUUAAAUCCAACCGUAAAGAAAGCAUGUGAUAACUACAUUGAUGAUAUAUUUGUGGAUGAAAGUGUGGAAACUGCGAAAAAUGUAGCGAAGCACCUGCUUAAAUUCGGAUUACAAUGUAAACCUCCACAAGAUCUUGAACAAGGACGUGUCUUAGGAUUGAGAGUCGAAAGAAAUAAAAAUGGGGAACUGAUAUGGAAACGAGACAAUGUGGUACAAUUCGAAUCUUUAAAUGCAGUCACACGAUCACAGCUUUUCAGCCAGUUAGGCAAACUCAUUGGACAUUUCCCAGUGUCAGGAAGUUUGCGUUUACAAGCUUCAUACAUCAAACGUUUAGCUGGAAAUAUACCUUGGUGUGAUUUUAUUUCUGAAGAUUGUAAAGAAAAACUGAAAGAGUUGCUUUACCGUGUGGAAAAAGAGGAUCCGGUUGGUGGAAAAUGGCUGGUACCAGUUGAUGGAAAAGCUGAGCUUUAUUGUGAUGCAUCAUCUAUAGGACUUGGGGUAGUUCUGCUCAUUGGUGGAGUAGUUGUUGAAGACGCAGCAUGGCUACGGCCAGCGAGUGACACACACCAUAUCAAUAUAAGUGAACUGGAUUCUAUACUUCGAGGACUAAACUUAGCUAGUAAGUGGGGCAUAAAAGAGUUAGCAGUAUACAGUGAUAGCAAGAGCACCGUAGGAUGGUUAAACGCAGUUUUGAAGAAAGAAUAUCGCGAAGUGGUAAAAGAUAUUCAGAGUGCAGUACAAUGGAUUCCAUCUGAGAUAAAUUUGGCUGAUCGACUCUCACGAAUCUCUCAAAAAUGGUGCAGAACAGUGUGUGCAGCUGAAUUACUUGAACAAAAAGACAUAUGGAAAAUUCAUUCAAUUAGUCAUUUUGGUGUUGCUCGAACAUUACAACUUUGCUUGCGAAAUAAUCAGAAUGUAUCACGUAAGGAGGUUUCAGCAGUAAUUGCGAAUUGUAACCAGUGUAACUCCAUUGAUCCUUACUCCGUAAAGUGGAAGAAUGGCCAACUAAGCGUAGAAAAAAAUUGGAAUCGGGUUGCCAUUGACGUGACGCAUGUAGGUGCUGAACUGUACUUAUCAAUGAUUGACUGUGGUCCAUCACGGUAUACAAUAUGGCGUAAACUAGUAACUAAAGCAGCUGCUGAAGUUUUUGGUAGACUCGAAGAAAUAUUCUCUUUAUUUGGUCCGCCAGUAUGUCUUCUAAUGGACAACGAAUUUCGGUCCAACACUUUAACAAGUUUUGCUGAAGAAUGGCAUGUUAAUUUGGAAUAUCGAGCAGCACAUCGAGCUCAAGGUAAUGGUAUAGUUGAACGUAUACACAGAACGAUAAAAAGAACGGUCGCUCGCUCACAUUGUUCAAUCGCUCUGGCAGUCUUGCUGUACAACGAGACAAUAUCAUCCAAUUGUACUGAAAGUCCAUCCAAGCAAUUCAAGAAAAGAUCGACAUGUUUCAUCCCAGGCGUCGAUACUUGGAGGAAGGUAGACGAGAAAGGCGGAAGCAAGAAAUUCAAAGUGGGUGACAAUGUUUGGGUAAAACCAACUCAAGAAACAAAAUGUGACCAGCCGUGGAUACCAGGCUUAGUACGAAAGCAAAAUACUUUGUUGUGUCACAUUUCACACCUGCGUCGCCGUACAGACGUUCAGAGUUCAAAUGAAUCAGUCAACGAUGUUUUUUAUAGACUAAACGAUAAAACUGAUAACGGUAAAGGAAGUUAUAAUGAUGAUGUUGCUCAAGUUCAAAAUGAUUCUCAAGAACGAUUAGACUUAUGA